ACGAUACCCAGAGCUGUGUCGAAAUGUUCACUUUGUAACCGGAACAGGGCAGAGGCGUCGAAGCAUUUCACUUCAACCGAUCUUUGAUGCGCUGGGCUCGAGCACCAUCGCAGCACUCCCUGGCUUUCAUGCUUUCAGUGGUGCAGACAUCACUGGGCGAUUUUCAGGAAUGAGCAAGAGAAAGUGCUGGAAAGUCUUUGUUGAUAUGGAUCCAGACGUGAUGGCAGCAUUUGGGCAGCUCGGUACAAUGCAAAACCCGUCUGAGGCACAGAUGGAUCUUCUCGAACGCUAUGUCUGCAAACUGUACCUCCCGAAGAUGGACCUCACCACUGUUGCAGACGUCAGGUGGCACCUAUUCAAAAAGAAACAAGCGCAAGCAGAGUCUGCCACCGACACAUGCUGCUCUUCGUGCAGCCAUCAUGAGGGCACACUACCAGGCACUUAUUUGGAGCGUGGACGUUGUGGCAAAUCCGGAGUUACCUUCACCUGAUGACUAUGGCUGGUAUUUGGUGGAAGGACAGUACAGGCCUGUCAUGACAACGCUGCCGCCUGCCCCAGAAGCAGUGAUUCAUCUCGUCAGGUGCUCCUGUGCCAAAACGAAGUGUUCAUCAAACCACUGCAAGUGCAGGAAGGCUGGGCUACGAUGCACGGAACUUUGUAGCUGCUCAGAGGGAGAUGGGUGCGACAACAUGCCAGAUGACGAUGUUGGCCAGGAUGAUGAUGAUGAACCAUCGAGCGAUGACGAUGAGUAAAGAAUGCCUCUUCGCAGCUUGUGUAUUGUACAAAAUAUACUUGUAGUUGGCAAUUGUUAAUAAAGUGACAAGCUAUGAUUGUGAA